GCGAUCCCGAAAUCCUGGGGCCGCAGAUCGGGGAUUGUGUGACAGGCAGCUAGUAAAAAGAUGUGAAGAUGGCGGAGUUACAAAUGCUUUUGGAAGAAGAGAUUCCUGCGGGUAGAGGCGCUUUACUGGACAGCUACGCGAAUUUAGAGCGGGUCGCCGAAUACUGCGAGAGCAAUUACAUCCAGUCUCCCGAUAAGCAGAGAGCAUUAGAGGAGACUAAAAGCUACACGACUCAGUCCCUGGCCAGCGUCGCCUACCUGAUCAACACUCUCGCCAACAAUGUGCUGCAGAUGCUCGACAUCCAGGCGUCUCAGCUACGCCGCAUGGAGUCCUCCAUCAACCACAUCUCACAGACGGUGGACAUCCACAAAGAGAAGGUGGCCAGGCGUGAGAUCGGCAUCCUCACUACUAACAAGAAUACCUCUCGCACGCACAAGAUCAUCGCUCCGGCCAAUCCCGAGAGGCCUGUGCGCUACAUCCGCAAGCCUAUCGACUACAGCCUGCUGGACGACGUAGGACACGGCGUGAAGUGGUUGUUAAGGUUCAAGGUUAAUGCCCAGAACAUGAAGGCUGGCACGACCCCACGCACAGGUGCCCCUACCCAGAAACCACCCAGCCCUCCAGGCCCGGGGAAGGGCACCAUCGGGCGCCACUCCCCCUACAGGACGCUUGAACCCGUGCGUCCCCCCGUCAUUCCUAACGACUAUGUGCCGAGCCCGACCCGCAACACGGCUCCGCCCCUCCAGAGCCCGGCACGCUCCGCCUCCGUAAAUCAGAGGACCCGCACGUACAGCAGUGGCAGUAGCGGAGGAAGUCACCCGAGCAGUCGCAGCAGCAGCAGAGAGAAUAGUGGAAGUGGCAGCGUGGGAGUGCCUAUCGCCGUGCCGACGCCGGCCCCUCCCACUGCUUUCCCAGCAGGUACUGCCUCCACCCCUCCGAACCCCCCCAAGCCCCCUCCAAGCGUGUCUAUCCCGGCUCCCCCGGCACCUCCUCCUCCUCCUACCCCCGAACCCACACCUCCUCCUGCCCCUCCUGCUCCCCCUGAGAUCCCACCUCCCCCGCAACUGCCCCCCAGCACCGGCAACGCGACCGCUCAAGGAAACGGGCCUCAGUUCUACAGCAUGAACCGACCAGUGACGAGGCAAAACGCACCCUCAGUAGGCGGGUCUCUGCCGUAUUGCAGGCCAUCGUCAGUCACCAAUCAGCCGAGCAACGUACCUCAGAACACUCACGCAAACAUGAGCCAGACCCAGCUUAACGGAGGACCACACUACAACCAGAACCAAGCCCCCAUGGCUCCGCCUCCUCCCUCUGUAUUACAGAUCACACCCCAGCUGCCUCUCAUGGGAUUUGUGGCUCGGGUUCAGGAGACCAUCUCGGACGCACCUCCUCCUCCACCCCCUGCGGAAGAGCCAGCAUUUGUGGACUCGACUCCGCCCCCGCCUCCACCCGAGGACUAUGAGGAUGAGGAGGGCGAUGAGGAUGAAGAGUCGGCGGUGGUGGAGUACAGCGACCCGUAUGCCGAGGAGGAUCCGCCAUGGGCUCCUCGCAGCUACCUGGAGAAAGUGGUGGCGAUUUACGACUACACCCGCGACAAAGAGGACGAGCUGUCCUUCCAGGAAGGAGCCAUCAUCUACGUCAUCAAGAAGAACGACGACGGCUGGUUCGAGGGCGUCAUGAGCGGCACCACCGGGCUCUUCCCUGGAAACUACGUGGAGUCCAUCAUGCACUAUGCUGACUGAGCCACCGGGUGGAGCUGCUCUCCAUCUCUCACUCUCUCUCUCUCUCUCUCACUCUGUCUCUCACUCCAAAAACCUCCCACACACACACACAGACUUCAUUAAACACACUGACUCACUGGACGCGUGACAAAGAGGACGAUCUGUAUAUUUGUGAAAUUUUCCAAAUUGUCUUAUUAGUGAAGUGUGUGUGUGAGAGAGAGAGAGAGGUGUUCAUGUCUGUCGGGAGAUUGAUAUCUAAGAUUUAGACUUAAAGAUUUCUAAGGACCAUUUUUGUCUUAAGUUGAGUCUUUAUAGAAACACUAAAUAUUCCUGCUGCUGGUUUCACUCGACACUAGGUGACUAGACUGUGUACUUCUCUUCCCUCCACUCGUUUUUCUUUCUUUCUUUUCUCCUGGACUCGGGAGAGAUCUCCGAAGGACAGCGAGAAGGACGACGUCUCCGGGCUCCUCCUGGCGCUCGGCUCGAACCCGAACAGCAUCACGGACUGAGAAGCGUUUUCUUGUUCCACUACAGAAGGAGGAGUGUUCGAAGUAGAGCUGGAGGAAUAUUCCAGAUGUUUUCCUUCACUGAAAACAGCCAAUCAGAGCGAUCCUGGCUGCAGAGAUCGACGUUUGUCUAGAAAAAGGGGGCGGGGCUCGUUCAGAGCGUUUCAGCUCGCUGCUUUUAAACCUUUUAAAGGAAAACUCUACACUGCUUUGUGUUGGAAACUGUAAAAAGACUCGGCUAGUCGUCCGAUCUGAGCGAGCGUGCGGAAAUGAGAAGCUGAGAGACCGAGGAAAUCGCUAAAGCACCGCUGCAUCACUCUGUAAGAUAGAGACGAAUUCCUCAUGGGUAAUCUCGGAGCUAAAGAGAGUACGCAGAUUAGAGUUUUCCUUUAAUCCUUACAUCAUUUCCCCCCGGCUCUUUAAUUUUUUUUUUACAAUCUUCGUAGUUUCCUCACCUCCUUCAUUCCACUUGGUCACUUUGCAGUCUUUAGCGGUAGUUUAUACCAAAGGAAUCUUUCAGAUGUGCUCCUUCACUAAGGGUGUAUACGACGGGACUGGAUACCCAAACCAUCCACACUUUUAUUUCCAUCAGAGAUUUCAAUCACAGAUUUUACUGAUGUGUGUGUGUGUGUGUGUGUGUUAAAUCUAUUGAAUUUAAGCUCGUGCCAUAAAGAAGUGUCUCUAGAUAGUCAGAGAUGUUUAUGAAGAAGAUUUUCUUUUACCAUUCCUGCCGUUUGUGUUAGCGUGGGGUGAAAAAAAAUAUACUGAAGCUCUAGAAUAAUACGUUAAAUAUUAUUAUUAUUAUUUUUUAAAAAGAAGCAUCAUUUCAACCAGGUCUGGAUUUACAACACUAUGUGUACGUGACACUAUAUUGCUUAUUAUUAUUAUUAUUAUUUUUAAUGAUGAUGGUGUAUAUGACUGAUGUAAGAAUUGUAGAAACACCCCGUCUUUCACCUGCAAUAACGUUCGCACAGAUAGAAGAAAGCACAAGUGUGUGUGUGUUGAGUGGGAAGAAGAAGAAAACCAGCCCAAACUGCUGAACAUCCUCACAGAGCCGUGGUGUGUUCUCCUCGUUCUUAUUUAAAAGUUUUAUUUUUUACACUAUGAGGUACUAUGAUGUCUAUACGUGAGUGUGUGUGUGUAAGAGAGCAUGAAUGUGUCGUGUGGAACAUCCCGAUGUUUGUGAUUCUAUUUGCUCGCCUGUGCAAAUGUUCUUUCUUUUUUUUUGAUGGAGGGUUUGUGACGCGUGUGUGUGAGAACCGACUCCUGCAUGGUGGAUCAUUUCUGUGACUUUAUUAUUAUUAUUUUUCUGCUGAUGGAGAAUAAACUGGAUCGAUCUAGUCUGCACAACUCUCA